AUGAUGGAGGCAAUUCAGAUCCGUCAGCGCGGCUUUGUUCUGCGUGAGGACCACGACAUAUUCUUUUACGACUACCAAUCGCUCGCACCUGACGCGGAGAACAUCAAGGAGCUCGUCGAGGCGAUCUCGUCCAUCCUGGGUACUGGCAAGGAGGAAGGGCAGUUAGGUAAAACCAAGGUGUUCCUGAAACGGGCUAUGGCGUUCAAGCUGCGCAAGCUCGAGGUGCUGCGUUGCAAGUCGGCAGCUCCUGCCAUUCAGAAGUGGGUUCGUAACAUGGCUCGAGCUGAGGCUGCUAUCAAAUCCAACGAAGGCAUGCUAGUUUGUGGCCAAGAGACAUAUGCAGCGUCUACGUCGCAGUGCAUACCGAGUGAUGUACAUCCUUUGCGUGUGGCGAUGAGCAAGUACCAGCGGAUGCGUGCCGAUUACCGUCUUCAGAAUGAUAAGGCCGUGGUUGUACAAAAGAUCGCGCGCUGCAACUUGGUGCGUAGACGGGAUCUGUUGCAUCCGUUUGGCGACAUGGGUCCCAAGGAGCUGGACACAAAUAUUGCGGAGAUGGAAAAGGCCAUUGAAGAUGCAGCGAAACAGCUGGAGGUGCUCCAGGAAGCUUGUAAGAAUGUAAAGGAAGACCUCAACGAGCUGGAGCCGGAGGAACUUGACGAGCGUAUUCAUGCCAUGGAAACUACGAUUGCUGAGGCGAUGGCUGCACGUGACUUCGGUAAGUGCGGUGAUCUGCAAGUGAGCUUGGACGCUCAUGUGUCUGCUCGCAAGAAAAAGCAGAUUCCUGAAGAACUGGAUGCUGAGAUCGAGAAGCUGAACGAGAAACUACACAACUUGAUGACGAAGAAGCAGUUCGACAAGUGCGCCCAGCUCCAUAAGGAUAUUGAUGUCUUAAAGAGAAAGCGGGCUUAG